AUGGUCUGCAGUGGACACGGAACGUGUAUAGCCAAUAACCAUUGCUCAUGUAGGCCUGGUUAUGGUGGUGAACAGUGUCAAGAAAUUUCAUGUUUUAACAAUUAUCCAAGGAUGGUUCAAUGUAGUAAUCAUGGAGAGUGUAUUGCCCUCGAUACAUGUACAUGUUACGAUUUAUAUACAGGUCCAAAUUGUGAACAAUGUAAACAACCAUUCCAUGAAGGAGAACAUUGUACUCCCAUUCAAUGUUUUGGUGUUGAAUAUUCAGUGAAGAGUGUUUGUUCUGGUAAUGGUGAUUGCAUUGCAUCAAAUAAUUGUUCUUGUCGUGAUGGUUUUGUUGGUGAGAGAUGUGAACAAUUCACUUGUUUAAAUUCAACUCUGAAUAAUACAGAAUCAAACAAUUCAGUGUUGAUUCCAUGUUCUGGACACGGAGAAUGUGUCAAAGCCAAUAAUACAUGCAAUUGUUAUUCGGAUGUUUUGUAUGGUUUUUGGGCUGGUGCAAAUUGUGAUUCUUGUAAAUCAGGUUAUGGGGGAACAGAAUGUAAGGAACAAGUUUGUUCCUCAUUAACAACUUGUAACGGUAGAGGUGAAUGUACACAACAUAAUGAACCAAAGAAUAAUGUGAAGUACUUCUUUGCUGGUUAUCAAUUAAUAUCAAGGAGUGCAAUUCGUGCUCAAAAUUUCAGAAAUUUAACAUUAGAGGGAAGUAUUGCAACUGAAGGAGGUUUCUCAGUUCAAGUUUUGAGAUCAGCAUAUGGUCAAGUGAAUGUAAGAAAUGACAUUUCAAAAAAUAUGGUCAACUCUGCUAUUUCUCUCUAUCAAGAAUUUUCAUCUCUUGAUUGUGAUCAAACCAUGCAACAAUCCAUUCCAAGUGGAGGUUUAAAUCUAAAAGCUGGCACUUACUGUUUCCCACAAGGGUUAAAUGGAGGAGGAAAGAUUUCUGUUUCUGGAAGUGGAAGAAUUGUCUUGAUUUUAAAAACCAAUUUGAAUUAUGGCUUCACUGUUGAAUAUUUAGAUGGUGCCACAGUUGAUAAUCUAUUCUGGGUAGUUGCUAUGGGUAGUUCCAUUAGUGGUAAAUUCUCUGGUAAUUUACUGACAGUUGGUCAAAUUAAUGUUAAUAAUGCAUUCAUUUCUGGAUCAAUUAUCAAUGUAGGAUCUUCUGAAAUGAACCUCAAUGGAGCUUCAUUCGGUCCAAUCUACUCCCCUCCUGUAGUAGAUCCUUGUAAAUGUUUCGGUAAUUAUGCUCCUCCAUACUGUGAAUCAUGUAGUGCUGGUUUCUUUGGAGACAAUUGUACUCUCUCAUGCUCACCAGAAAGGAAUUGUAAUGGAAGAGGUCAAUGUUCACAAACAGGUUCUUGCUUAUGUGGACCAAGAUUUUCUGGUGCCUAUUGUGAAGUGUGUGCAACAAAAUGGAUUGGAAAGAAUUGUGACUACUUGAUUGGAGACAGAGCCAUGUUGAAAAUAAGCAAAUUGACUAUUCAAUAUGCAAAUCCAUCCAAAUCUACCCAAAUAGAUUGUUCUUCGAUUCUCCUUGACGAAACUGUAAAAGAAUUAGGAUCCUCUCCUCAAUGUUAUUGGGAUGACAAGUCAACCAAUAGUUUCGUAAUUGAUUUAGGAUUUGGGAAUACCAUAUAUGCUGGAUCCAUUCUCAAAUUCAAACUUGAAAAUGGAAACUCUGCUCUUGUCACUGUCUAUACAGAUCCAAACUCAACCAACAAUCCCCCAACUCCAAUUCUAAAAGUUUCUUCUAAAAUCUCAACAUGUGCCCGAUUAGAAUUGGAUACCUCAUCUUCAUAUUCUCCAGAUAAGAAAUCUAUUAGUUACAAAUUUGAGGUGACAUCAACUCCAAAUGAAAAUUCAAUGGUAGUUUUGAGAAGGGAAUUAUCACUCUUUGAAAAUCAAGCAUUUUUCAAUAUAGCUGCUUCCAAAUUAGCUGUUGGAUCCUACAGCAUCAAACUAACUGUUUCUAGUCCAGUAACUGGAAGUGCUUCAACUCAAGUAACAUUCGAAAUCAUCCCAGUUCCUCCUCCAAUCAUUGAUAUUCCUGGAGGUUUAUCUCAAUCAUUCGUUUAUGGAUCUGUAGUUGUAAUUAAUCCUCAAAUUAGCGUUGCAGGAUGCUCUAAUAAUGAUGGUUCCAUAAUUUACUCUCCUGCCAAAUAUCAAGAUUUUUCCUAUAAUUGGGAACAAGUUUCAGGAAAUGCAACCAAAUUUUCACAAGAAUCCUAUAAUAGAAUUCUUGUCAUUUCAAGUCUACAAAAUGAAGGAAGUUUCAAAUUAAGUGUCUCGUCCUCAACUGGUUAUUCUGAUCGAGUGACAGUUGAAUUGAAAUUGAAAGAGAGUGAAUUGGUUUUGAAAAUAAGAAAUGGUAAUUUCCUCUAUGGAAAAGUGAACCAAGCAAUGACUGUUGAUUUUUCUCAAUCCUAUGAUCCAACUAAAACUUUGGAGAAGGAGGAAUUCUCAAUUGUUUGUAUUCCUUUGGGAGUUCUUGCUGUUUGUCCAAUUUCUGAAAUCUAUGCCAAUGUGAAUCAAGAAAAAAUGUUCACAAUCGCAGAGAAUUCAUUGGUUGCAGGUUUGUAUCAAUUUACCAUUUCCUAUUCGAAAGGACGUCGUUCCAAGACUGAAACAGUUGUUGUGGAAUUGGCUGAAUACGUCUUUUUGAAUGUUUUCAUCAAGAUGGCCACCAAUGAUUUCCUUCCAACAUCUGUUCCUUUGGGAAUGAAUGUUUCAUUAGAAGCAGUUUCUCCACCAGAUAUUAGAAAUGAAGUCACCUACAUUUGGAGUUCCAGGACGAGUGGAUUUACUCUGAAUGAUCAAACAACAAUAUCAGGAAUAACCGGACCAUUUUUAACCAUUCGUGGUGAAGUACUCCAACCAGAUACUUUUUAUACCAUCAGAUUAGACGCGCAGUGGAAUAAGUUGAAUGGUUUUUCAGAAUAUUAUCUUGCAAUUAAUACUCCACCUAAACCAGGUUAUUUUACAGUCAAUCCAUUACAAAGUAAAUCUGGUAUUGACACUGUGACGCUUUCAUGUAGUGGAUGGUCGGAUGAUAAUACACCACUCUCCUAUCAAUUCUUUUUCAAUGAUGCAAAAACUUCAAGUUGGCAAGCAUUAACUGGAAAAGUUUCCACCAAUCAGGUCAAUGUAAUGUUGCCUCCUGGUUAUGGAUCUUCUUCUCAAUUAACAAUUAAGGCAAGAGUUUAUGACUCUACAGGUGCAUUUAGUGAAAUGCAACAAGUUGUAAUGUCCAGUUGA